AUGGACCAACAACAGCAACGGCUGCAUUUGAAUGCGCUUCUUUCUAAAGACUAUUCUUCUGACAAGACUCUAAGCGCGUCAGAACAGGAGCUUUUAAUAGAGUAUCAAACUCUUUUGCGUAAUCUGACAUUGUUGAACGAGGAGAUCUCACAGCUUACGGCCACCCCCACAAACAAAAUCUUAGGUUCUUUGCGGGCCUUGGAAUCCAAAACAUCCCUUGUGUUCACACUUCUUAGAUCCUCUCUUUACAGUCUAUUUUUUCAAAAUGAACCCUCUUACGAACAAGACGAAAUUCAUCAGCAGGAAGACAUUUAUCAAAAUGAAUACGAUUAUUAG